AUGGCAGUGGAUGAUGGGCGCUGGUGCGAGAGGCUGGUCCAAGUGCGGGAGGAAGACGUGGUGAGCGUCCGACGGGAAGACGUGGUGCCUUGCGUGGAGGUUUAUCACUACACCAGGGCCGGUUGGCACCUCGACAGGGACAGGACCCGUCGAGACUCUGGGCCAGGGGGCACCCUGUGCUACAUUUACAAGAACGAGGACCCCGGGCCCGUCGCUUGGAACCGGACGGUGCGGGCAUGCUGUGACGGUUGGACGGGGCCCCAUUGCAGCGAGGGAACGGCGUCGGCGGGCUUCUGUUUCUCCACCGGGCAGUGCCAGGAUGGGCCCGGCCUGCAAAACCUCUCCCUCUUCGGCAUGUCCGAAUGCUGCAGCCUCUCCUGGGGACGCAGUUGGCGAAAUGCCACUUCCGGGCUCUGCUUUACCUGCUCUAGGGAGCCCCUGAAAGGCACUGUGGCUUCACCGUCCCUGCUCCGGCCACCUGCCCCAUCGGUGCUUCUGGCUCGACAGAAGUACCAUAAUCCCCCCUUUGCCACCUGCCUCACCUGGGACGGUUUGCACUACCGCACUUUCGACGGGAAACAUUUCCGCUUCGGGGGGAACUGCACCUAUGCCCUGGCUGCGGCUUCCGACGGCACCUGGGCCGUCUACAUCUCCUCGGGCAGCAGCGGCUGCGUGCCGGGCCUGUGCCGACGGGAUCUCCGCAUCCUUUUCGGACUCGACUUGGUGACGGUUCAGGGCCGCAACAUCUCGCUUAACGGCAUCGUGGUGCCCGAGAGGGAACCACUCCUGCGAAAGGGGAUCAGUAUCUGGUGGCUGGGGGACUUCCUUUUUGUGGACAGUGGCCUGGGAGUCCGGGUCAAAUUUGACGGACACAGCACAGUGUACGUCACUGUAGGGGCCGCCCUGCAAGAUGCCACGCGCGGGCUGUGCGGCGUCUACAACGACAACCCUGCAGAUGACUUCCAGCGUGUGGAAGGGGAUGUGGUCACGCUGGCGGCCAGCUUUGGCAAUUCGUGGCGCAUUCCAGAGCCUGGGCUGAGUCCAUGCAGUGACGCCGCAGAGGAACCGCACCGCUGCAACGCUAUGCAGGACGGCGAUGUUCGGGAGGCUGCUGAGGCUACUUGCAAAAAGCUAUUCUCUAGUCCUUUCAGCCAGUGUCAUACGCAGGUGGAUCCCCAUAGUUUCUACGACACCUGCAAGUACUUGUUGUGCAGCCGACGGGCAGGGCCCAUCUCCGCUUGUGAGACCUUUGCCAGCUACGCCCGCGAGUGUGCCCAGCGAGGAACCUUCAUCAGUUGGAGAAGGGCUGGUUUUUGUGAGAAGCCAUGUGGUCCGGGACAGCGCUACACGGAUUGCGUGUCGUUCUGUCCGUCCAGCUGCGCAGCAGUGGGCAGGGCGGCUGGAGACCACUGCCGACAGGAGUGCGUGAGCGGCUGCGAAUGCGUCCCGGGACUCUAUCUGGAGGAGGGGUCUUGUGUCCCUCAAAGCCAGUGCCCCUGUUUCCACCGACGGCAGAAGUUCCGCAUGGGAGAGACGCUACAACAGCGCUGCAACCUGUGCACGUGCCGAGGGGGUCAGUGGGUCUGCUCGCAGGAUCGGUGCGCCGGGGAGUGCAUCCUCCAUGGACGUCUUCAUUACCUGACCUUCGACGGGAAGCGUUACUCCUUCCGUGGGGUCUGCCACUAUAUCCUCGUGCAGGAUUUUGUAGAUGGGAAAAUUCAGAUCCAGGCAGAGAACGAGCCAUGCGGGAACCAGGGAGCUGUCAGCUGUCUACGGGCUGUGACUGUCACUGUUCAGAAGACCUCGGUCCGGCUUUCCUUCACAGGUGAGAUCGAGGUGAAUGGCCAGGACAUCACCCUCCCAUUUGGUAACGCCGACCUGACUAUUCGCCGCGCCUCCUCCGCCUUCCUGCUCCUCCAGACCUUUGGGGCUCACCUGCUCUGGGGCCUGGAGUUCCCUGCUGCCUACAUCACUCUGCAGCCCACUUUCGCCCACAAGGUCCGAGGCCUUUGCGGGACCUACAACUGGAACCAGCAGGAUGAGUUCACCACCUCAGAGGGCGACGUGGAGCCUGGCGUGGCUGCUUUCGCCCACAAGUUCCAACUCCCCCAUGCCUGUCCCCCCACCGCCGACACCCUCUUCGACUCCUGCAGCACGUACGCCCAACGGCGGCAAUACGCCGAGACGGCUUGUGCGGCCAUCCACAGCUCGCCCUUCCAGCUCUGUCACAACCUAGUGGAGCGGGAACCUUUCUACCAGCUUUGUCUGGAGGACGUGUGCAGCUGUUCAGCCGAGGACGACUGUCUUUGUGGUGCCCUGGCUGCCUACGCCCACCAGUGUGCUCAGGAGGGAGCCCUCAUGGCCUGGAGGAACCGGAGCUUCUGCCCGGUGCAAUGCUCCGGGGGCCAGGUCUACCGAGAAUGUGCCACCCCCUGUGGAAGAACCUGCACCGACCUCCCCACGGAAAAAUUUGGCAACUGCAAGGACCUCCACCCUGCCUGCGUGGCUGGAUGCAACUGCCCAGAAGGCCUGGUGCUGGACCAUGAAGGGCAGUGCGUCCAGCCGGCCAUGUGUCCUUGCCUGCACCAGGAGAAGGCUUACCCACCCGGCAGCAAGAUCCAGAGGAGUUGCAACAGCUGUGUUUGUGUGAACGGGGCCUGGAGUUGCACAGAGGAUACCUGUCCCGGUGCAGUGCUUUGUCCUGGAGAAUUGGUCUACGCCUUCAACGCUUGCCUCCUCACCUGCGAGAGUCUCCUGAGCAAUCUCAGCUGCGACAGCGCCUCCGAUGGCUGUGUAUGCCCUCCUGGCACUGUCUUCCUGAACGAGCACUGCGUGUCCCCAGAGGAAUGCCCCUGUCACCACAACGGCCACCUCUACCAGCCCAACGAGACCAUCGCCAGGGAUUGCAACACUUGCAUUUGCAGAAAGCAGCACUGGGAAUGCAGCCGCCACCACUGUGCGGCAACCUGCGUAGCCACUGGAGAUCCGCACUACAUCACCUUUGACGGGCGGGUGUACACAUUCCUGGGGGACUGCGAGUAUGUCCUGGUCCGCGAGAACAGCGGGGCCUUCACCGUCACUGCUGAGAACGUACCUUGCGGCACCAGCGGCACCACCUGCACCAAAUCUGUGGUAGUGCUGAUGGGCAGCAUGACAGUUCACCUACUCCGCGGAAAGGACGUGACAGUGAAUGGUGUCUCAGUGCGGCCACCCAAGACCUACAGUGGAAACGGGCUGACCUUGGAGAGAGCUGGACUUUUUCUGGUGCUUCUCACUCAGAUGGGGUUGACGGUCCUCUGGGAUGGAGGCACUCGUGUCUACAUCAAACUGGAAGCCAAGUACCAAGGCCGAGUGGCAGGACUCUGUGGGAAUUUUGACGGCGACGCAGAGAAUGACUUCUCCAGUCAACAAGGCAUUGUGGAACCCACGGCUGACCUUUUCGGCAACUCCUGGCGCAUCAGCCUUCUGUGUCCCGAAGUCAACGCCGAGGACUUUGAACAUCCCUGCACGGUGAAUUCUCACCGUGCAACGUGGGCUCGGAAACGCUGUGGGAUCCUCCUUCAAGAUCUCUUUGCCCGUUGCCGUGAGGAGCUGCCCUGCCAACAGUUCUACGAGUGGUGUGUUUUUGAUGCCUGCGGGUGUGACUCUGGAGGGGACUGUGAAUGCCUCUGCACGGCUAUUGCAACUUACGCCGAGGAGUGCAUCCAGAGAGGAGUCUCCGUACGCUGGAGAAGCCAGGAACUGUGCCCUCUACAGUGUGACCACGGGAUGGAGUAUAACCCCUGCGGCCCCGCCUGUCCGCCGACCUGCCAGAACUUUGGCCUGGAGCCCGCCGAGCACUGCCCCAUGGAGACGGCGUCCUGUGUGGAGGGGUGCUUCUGUCCGGAAGGCAAAGUGAUGCACGCUGGACGCUGUAUUGAUCCAUCGGAAUGCCCUUGCUUCUGGGAGGGCACCCUCUUCCCACUGGGGGCGCUGGUGAUGCAGGAGUGCAGGAACUGCUCAUGUGAGGCAGGCCUGUGGCAGUGUACCGCCCCUCUGGAGACUUGCCACACCCCUUCCCACUGCGCCGAAUUGGAGUUUGCUUGUCACACGGGUGGGCGCUGCAUCCCGAAGGCCUGGAUUUGUGACAAUGAAGAUGAUUGUCGAGACGGUUCGGAUGAAUUUUGUCCCUCGAGCUGCGCUCCAGACCAAUACCGGUGUGCCGGUGGGCAGUGCAUCCCCUGGGGGUACCGUUGCGAUGGCACCCCAGACUGCACUGACGGCUCAGAUGAAAAGGACUGCCCUUCACCUGGAUGCUCGCCGCAGGAGUUCCGGUGCGACAAUGGCCGCUGCAUCGCUCGCCAGGACCGUUGUGACGGGGAGCUGGAUUGUGGGUUUGCUGACCCCUCAGACGAAGCAGAUUGUGGACCAGCUUGUAGGCUGAGCGAGUUCCAUUGUGCGGCUGGGCGCUGCUUGCCAUACCUGCACCGCUGCGAUGGGCAUGAUGACUGCGGUGAUUUUAGUGAUGAACGUGACUGCACCUGCCCUCCUGGAGAGUUCCAGUGCCCGAGUGGUCAGUGCCUUCCCAAAGCUCUGGUUUGCGAUGGUCAGCAAAAUUGUCCCUCUGGCACGGAUGAGGCUUUCUGCCCAGGUCCGGUGAUGUGCGCUCCGGGCCAACUAGCUUGUCCAAAUGCCACUUGUGUGAGCCGUACGCAGGUGUGUGAUGGAGUACGCGACUGUGACGAUGGUACCGAUGAGGACCCGUCUCAGUGUCCAGGGAUACAGAGCACCCCUCUUGUGCCCACUAUUCCUCCAGCUUUUCCUGGAACCCAACAGCCUGUCGUCAAUAGGACCCUGGGGCCACCCUGUGGGCGAUACGAGUUCCACUGCCACAGCGGGGAGUGCCAGCCGCGGGGCUGGGUGUGUGACAACGAAGAGGAUUGCCUCGAUGGCAGUGAUGAGCUCCACUGCAACCGCACAUGUGAACUGGAUCAGUUCCCUUGUGCCCACGGGGCAGAGUGCAUCCACUACCAGCAGCUCUGUGACGGCAUCCCACACUGCCAGGACCAGUCCGAUGAGAGCAUUGACACCUGCGGCUCCACACAGAUCCCUCCUUGUCCCGGGUUCUUCAUCUGCAACGACCGGAUGUGCAUCAACGUAUCCCGGGUGUGCGACGGCUCGCCCGACUGCUCCCAGGGAGAAGAUGAGCUUGCCUGCGAAAUCCCGGUGGCUCCACCAGGCAGAAGGAAUCAGACGGUCGGACCAUGUCCAGAAUAUUCCUGCGGUGACGGCACCUGUAUUGCCUUCAAACAGGUGUGCAAUGGUCUGGCCAACUGCGCGGAUGGCACAGAGGCUUCAGGUUGGCUGCCCUCCGAUGAACGGGACUGUGGCCUCUGGACACCCUGGGCAGCCUGGAGCAUGUGCAGCCGCUCGUGUGGCACGGGACUCCAGAUCCGCCGGAGGAGCUGCACGCGGCGAGCAGACGACGUCCUCCGUCACUGCCUUGGAGAGGAGACCCAGGCCCAGCAGUGCUUCCUAGUGGCUUGCCCCGUUGAUGGCCAGUGGCGCGAAUGGGCCAUGUGGUCCAAUUGCACCGAGGACUGUCGCGGGGUGGUGGUGCGUCACCGCGAAUGCCUCCCAUCCCAGAAUGGAGGACGCCACUGCACUGAAGGGCCAGACGGAUCUGCCGGUUCGAUAGAAAUCCAGUUGUGUCAACGCGAGGACUGUCUCAAUGCCUCCACUUGCCCGGGAGAGCUAGUGAGCCAGAGGUGUGCCCCGUGUCCCACCUCCUGUACGGAGCUCUCUAGCCGUACAAGAUGCCGGAAGGACAGGCCCUGCCGACCAGGUUGCUGGUGUCCAGAAGGCCUGGUCUUGAAUAGUGAGCAACAGUGCGUCCGUCCGCGAGAGUGCCCUUGCCAAGUGGCCGGGGUCCGCUACUGGCCUGGCCAACUGGUCAAAGUCAACUGCCGGAUCUGCACUUGCCAGGAAGGACAGAUGAAACGCUGCCGACAGAACCCGGAAUGUACAGUGAACUGCGGCUGGUCAGCGUGGUCGCCAUGGGGUGAAUGUCUGGGUCCCUGUGGGGUGCAGAGUAUCCAGUGGUCCUUCCGUAGUCCCAAUAACCCCACCAAACAUGGCAACGGACGGCAGUGCCGGGGCAUUUACCGCAAGGCCCGGAGAUGCCAGACGGAGCCAUGCGAAGAGUGCGAACACCACGGCCGGACUCACGCCAUUGGCGACCGCUGGCGUUCGGGACAAUGCCAAGUGUGCCAGUGUUUGCCGAAUCUCACCGUCCAGUGCUCCCAGUACUGUCCCUACAGCGCGGUGGGCUGCCCCGAGGGCCGGGUGUUGGUAAAGGGCCGAGCGGACACCUGUUGUUACUGCAUGGAAGGGGGGGAGAACCAAACAGCCAUCCCGAGUGCUCUGCCUCUGGGACCUCUGGGGACCACCCAAGCCAGCUCUGCACCCUUUCCCACGGCUCCUCCACUCAGCACAUACCCCCUGCCUCCGCUCGGUGAUCUCUGCUAUGGUCCACUGGGCAUCGCAUCGCUGCCGGACGCCAGCUUCACCGCCUCUGCACAACAGCCAGAAAACCCGGCACAUGCCGCUCGACUCGGCCGCCUGCUGCCCGGGGCUGAUUUGCAGGGUUGGGCCCCACCAGCGGAAGUGUAUCCGGAGCUGCUCUCUCGGCCCCCCUUCCUCCAAGUGGAUUUGGGGGAGCCCAGGAACCUGACAGGAGUCGUGAUCCAAGGAGCAGGGACCUCCGAUGCCUAUGUAACCAGCUUCUUCCUCCAGUUCAGCCUGGACGGGACGAGAUGGCACGACUACCAAGAGCUCUUCCAAGGAAACUCGGAUGACUCCACCCCUGUGGCCAGGACCUUCCAGCGCAUGGUGGAUGCCCAACACGUGCGCCUCCUGCCCCACGACUUCCACAACGGCAUCUUCCUGCGCCUGGAGUUGUUGGGUUGCGGGAAAGGUGUGGCCCCCUCCUUGGAGCCCCCCACCCCAGAGGACUGUCCAGCUCCCCGGUUCCCCUGCACAUUUUCCGACAUGUGCCUUGAAGGCAGCCAGAGGUGCGACGGAGUGGCUCACUGCCCAGACGGCACUGAUGAGAUCGGCUGUGUGGCUGCAAGCAGCAGGCCACCGCCUGGCGUUUUCAGCCCGUGGAUGUCAGAAACGCAUUGGCAGGUCUCUACGGCCCCACCCACUGUGGUGUCCCCGGGUGGAAGGCCGUCGCCCGAGGCCCCUAGUCCCACUCCGCCAGGUUCUUGCAACGAGCCCCUCGGCCUGGAGGAUGGGCGUGUCCCCUACCAACAGUUGACAGCCUCCUCCCACCAGGAGGGACAUCCCCCGGAUGCCGGACGGCUGAACAGGGUGCCCAGUGGACGGAAAACUGAGCCGGGAUGGAGCCCCCUCCGGUCUGACCCCAACCCCUACUUCCAGGUGGACCUUCUCCAGCCCUUCUUCAUCACAGCAGUGGCCACUCAGGGUGGAGGCAGCUCUGGGGGAUUCGUCGUACGUUAUCGCCUGCUUUAUAGCAACAACGGGGUCCAUUUUCAGAACUACACCAAACCUGGGUAUGGCCCAGUCUCAUCUCUAAAGGCUCAGGUUCUGGAGGGGAAUUCAGACAGCAACACCCCGAGACGGCAGGAGCUCAGCCCGACUCUCCUAGCCCGUUUCCUGCACUUCGUGCCUGUGGAGUACCACCAAAGCGUUUCCUUGCGUCUGGAACUGUUUGGCUGCUCCUGGAAGACGGACCGUGCCGUGGGACGGUUGACCUCUGCCAGCCGCAGCCCCGCCCCAGGAAUAAUCCGUACGAGACCCAGUGAAGCCUCAUCUCCUCCUGAGAAGCCCAUUGGCACCCCUGCCCGGUUGCCACCUUCCACCAAACCGGAGACCACGACAGUUUCCCAUACAGGCGUUACGGGGUUGACCCCUUCUCGGCAGUUCCAGAAAACCACCAUGCCAGCUGCUUUAUCCACGGUGAUGCCCGGUAUUCGCUGGUCCACUUCUCGGCCGCUGGUGACUCCUGGAUCAACCAGUGCCUCUGGAGUGCCCACGUGGCAUAUUCUCCCGCACAGCCCUGGAACCCCUGGAUGGAGGCCCACCUUGUCAGUGCCCACUCUCAUGCCCUCUGCUGGGAUGGCGCGGGUCCUUUGCACACAAGGACAAUUUACCUGCGAGACCUUUGGCUGCGUAGAGGCCGCUUCCGUCUGCGACGGGCAGCCGGACUGCGCCGACAGCUCAGACGAGGCCCACUGCGGUGAGUGCGUGCCAAGCACUGGGAAGGAUCCUCUGUUGGUCUUGUUGCCGCUUGGCCCCCCCAGCGCCUGCUCCUCCAAGCAGUUCUCCUGCCAGAGUGGGGAGUGCCUGAGCCAUGAACGCCGCUGCGACCUGCGCCAGGAUUGCCAGGACGGCUCCGACGAAGCCAACUGUGUGGACUGCAUCCUGUCUCCCUGGAGCCUCUGGAGCGAAUGCAGCCGGUCCUGCGGGCUGGGGGUGACCUUCCGGCGCCGCGACCUUCUCCGCAAUGCUCUCCCGGGGGGACGUUGCGACCGGGAUGAAUUCGAUAGCCGCUCCUGCUUCCUCCGAGCCUGUCCAGUGAACGGAGGCUGGGCCUCCUGGGGCGAGUGGUCUGACUGUGAUGCCGAGUGCCGGGGCGGCGUCAGGAGUCGCACCCGGACCUGCGCUGACCCCCCACCCAAGAACGGAGGAGAGCUGUGCCCCGGAGAUGCCGUCCAGAUGGAGACAUGCAACCAACAGCCCUGCAGAGAUGCUCGGGACUGCGGUCCAGAUAUGGUCUUCGUGCAAGCUGGGCAUUGUGCCCGCGGCCUGGUGGACCCUUGCCCGCAGACUUGCCGCCAGUUGAGUGUCCAGAAGUCAUGCCAGAGCAGCUGCGUGGAGGGGUGCCGGUGUCCCCCCGGGCUCUUCCUGCAGGAGGGGGGCUGUGUGAACAUCAGCCAGUGCCACUGCUUCUUCGACCACAACCACCGUCGGCCGGGGGAGAUCUUCCUGCGGGACAACUGCAGUCAGUGCGUUUGUCUGGAUGGCACGGUGACCUGUGACACGGUGUCCUGUCCCGUGAAGUGCGGCUGGUCGGCUUGGUCUCCGUGGACCCCCUGCAGCCGGAGUUGCAGAGUCGGGAUGCAGCAAAGGUUCCGAUCCCCCUCCAAUCCAGCAGCUGCCAACGGGGGUGCCCCGUGCCAAGGAGAUGCCCAGGAGGUGCGUGAAUGUCUCACAAUCUGUACCACAGAAAUUCCCUUGCUCUGGAGCGACUGGACCCCCUGGUCCCCCUGUUCCAAGACCUGCUUUUAUGCCCCGGAUCUGGUUGGCAUGCGAAAACGAUUCCGGCAUUGCAAUGGUACCGCACAGGUUGUGGGGUGCGACGGAGAGACAGUGCAGGAAGAGGAGUGUGACACACCUCUCUGCCCAGUGGAGGGGAUCUGGACUCCUUGGUCGGGCUGGUCUCCCUGCUCUGCGCUCUGUGACUCCGGAGUUCAAACUCGCGACCGCACCUGCUCCAAGCCUUCCUAUGGGGGUCCAGGCUGCUCAGGACCCCUGAUCCAGACGCGGGAUUGCAACACGCAUCCCUGCAGAGCUCAGUGCCCGGCCAACAUGGUAUACCUGACAGCGGAGGAGUGCCGGCGGAAAGGAGGCGCUUGCCCCCGGCUCUGUUUGGACCGGGGCACCCAGGUGGAGUGUGCCUCCCCGUGCCGGGAUGGCUGCCAUUGCCUUGAGGGUCUCUUCCUCCAGAACGGAUCCUGCGUGCCGCUCAGCCAGUGCCCGUGUUACUACCAAGGGGAGAGUUACCCGCAGGGCAGCACCAUCCGCCGAGACUCUUGCAACUGUAGCUGGACCUCCUGGUCCGUUUGGAGCUCCUGCAGCCGGACUUGCAAUGUGGGUACCCGUCGGCGGUACCGUGAUGCCCCCGAGCUGGAAGGACAGAAAUGCCAGGGCUCCAAGGUGGAGAUUGAAUUCUGCAGCCUACAGCCAUGCCCAGGGUCCAGCGUAGAAUGGGGACCCUGGUCGGCUUGCUCGGUGCCCUGUGGGGGUGGCUACCGAAACCGAACGAGAGCUGGCAUCACCAUCUUGGGCCGGAUUGAUUUCUCAACCUGCAACCUUCAGCCGUGCAAAGGUGAGAUUCCAGGCACCUGUCCGGCGGGGAAAGUAUGGCGAGAGUGUGCCGACGGGGCAGCUUCCUGUGCAGAGCUCAGCACAGAUGAAGACGCUGGACAGACGGCCUGCCAGCCGGGGUGCUACUGCCCCAACGGCACCGUCUUGUUGAACAAUCUGUGUGUGCCGAUGGAGCAAUGCCCGUGUGCCGUAGAGGGGAGGAUCUAUGCUCCCGGCGAAGCGGUGGCCAAAGGUUGCGAGAACUGUUCUUGCAUCGGUGGGCAGGUGGCAAAUUGCAGCCGGGCAGCCUGCGGUGACGUGAACGGACAGUGGACCGAUUGGACCCCCUGGAGCGAAUGCUCGGCCUCCUGUGGGCUGGGACUACAAAACCGCCACCACUUCUGCACGGAUCCUGCCCCGUCCGGGAUCGGAUUGCCCUGCCUGGGUCCGGAACGCGAGGACCAAGCCUGCCAACUCCAGCCAUGUGCCCACUUGAACUGUUCUGUUUUGGAAGACUCGGUUUACAGCCGCUGCGGCCCUCCCUGUCCCCGCUCUUGUGAUGACCUCGUGCACUGCGCGUGGGCAUGUGAACCGGGCUGCUACUGCACCGGGGGGAAAGUCUUGCAUGGGAACGGCUCGGCGUGCGUGGAAAAAGCGAGCUGCACCUGUCUAGACCUGCGCACUGGACGACGGUACCCGCCGGGAGCAGUCGUGCCCCGUGCCGACAGUUGCAACAAUUGUACCUGCUCUGACGGGAAGCUGGUUUGCACCAACCAGGCCUGUUCUGUGCCAGGCGGCUGGUGUGACUGGGCGCCAUGGAGCCCCUGUUCUCGGACAUGUGGCAGCGAGAUGGUGACCCGCUACCGAACUUGCAGCUGCCCCAAGCCCCAGCAUGGGGGCCGUGAGUGCGAGGGGGCCCAGGAGUAUCACGGAGACAGUGGAGUCCAGCUGCAGAGAAGAGCAUGUCUCGUGACAAGUUUCUGCCCAGUCAAUGGUGGCUGGUCCUCGUGGAGCGCCUGGUCUCCCUGCAACGUCUGCCACGGUGUGUCAACGAGGACUAGGGAAUGCAACAAUCCUCCUGCUCGGUUCGGUGGUACGGUGUGUCCUGGAGAAGCUCACCAAAGCCGGCAGUGCCAUGAUGGAGUUACCUCCUGCGAUGACUGCCGAGGUGGCCAGGUCUCCUUCCCCUGUGGCAAGCCGUGUCCGCGUACCUGCGAGGACCAGCAGCCUGAUGUCGCCUGCGUGGAGAGUCCCGGGUGCCAACACGCUUGUGCCUGCCCGGAUGGACAGCUGCUCCAGGACGGGAUGUGCGUGGCACCAUCUCAGUGCCGUUGCAAGUACCAGAUGCCCUGGCUGGGUGUCCCCGAAGAUAGGAACCUCUCCUCCUGGUUGGGACUCCCCAAAUGGGAGUAUGCUCAGCCCGGGGAGACAAUCUAUGCACCCUGCCAGAACUGCACCUGUGUAGAUGGGCACUUGCAGUGCCGGGCAGACUCCUGGUGCCGCCUGGAUGGUGGGUGGUCCAGCUGGGGACGAUGGUCUCCCUGCAGCCAGAGCUGUGGGGAAGGUGUCCAGUACCGUUUCCGGGAAUGUAGCAAUCCGCCACCACAAAAUGGAGGCCAGGGCUGCGCCGGUGGCGGUGAACAGCAGAGACCGUGCCAGAAUCCAGAAGAAUGUCCAGAGGAGGAAGCCUGGGACCCCUGGAGCCCGUGGUCCCCCUGCAGCGUCUCCUGUGGAGGGGGAGAGCAGAUGCGAAGCCGACGUUGUCGCCAGCCAGAUUGCCGGGGUUUGUCGUCGCAAAGCAAGACCUGCAACACGCACGUCUGUCUUGAGGUGGGCUGCCCCGUGGGCCGCCUCUACCGGGAGUGCCUGGCCGAAGAAGGGUGCCCCUAUAGCUGCGCCCACCUCACCCGGCAGAUGGACUGCUUCUCGGAUGGCUGCGAGGAGGGGUGCCACUGUCCGGCGGGCACCUACCAGCACAAGGGGGCAUGCGUCCAGGAGUGCCCCUGCGUCCUGAGCGAGGAGGUUCUCCAGGGGUUUCGGAGACAUUCGUCUGAGACUCCAGAUACGCCUCUGGUCAUCCUGACUGCUGAUGGCCAACGUGUCUCUGCAGAAGAAGAAGUCGCCCCCAACAGUAUCAUCUCUGCCGCCUGCAGCAACUGCUCCUGUCACAACGGCCAGCUGGAUUGCAUGUUCACCCUCUGCCCCGUGGACGGGGGUUUUACGGCAUGGACCGCCUGGUCUCCCUGCUCCUUGACCUGCGGCGGGUUGGGCAACAUGACCAGGACACGCGAUUGCACCCGUCCGAAGCCUGCUAAUGGUGGGAAGGAUUGUGUCGGCCCUCGGACGGACAUCAAAUACUGCCAGACCCUAGACUGCAAAGGUGAGGGCCAGAAAUGGCCACCGCGGGGGGUUUGUGGAGAGGAGGAAGAGGAGGGCCUGACCCCCUGGUCCCCCUGGACACCCUGUUCCAAGACCUGCAGCGAUCCUGACCUCCCCGCCGUCAAAACCCGUCGGCGGUUUUGCCUGGGAGGAAACGGCUGCGCGGGAGACACCGUGCAGGAACGAGAAUGCAACUUGCCGCAGUGCACAGAGACCCCCGUGUGUGAGGACAAAGAUUGCUUCGGCCUGAACUGCACCUGGAACCCCUGGUCCUCCUGGAGCGAGUGUUCCCGCAGCUGUGGGGUCGGGCAGCAGCAGCGUCUGCGCACCUACCACCCUCCCGGCCAAGGUGGGCACUGGUGCCAAGACAUCCUGACGGCCAAUUUGGAGAGGCGUUUCUGUAACCUGCCGGCUUGUAAAGUGGAUGGGGCCUGGUCGAAGUGGAGUCCCUGGUCGUGGUGUGACCGGACCUGUGGGGGUGGGCGCUCCGCCCGCACGAGGACUUGCACCAGCCCACCCCCCAAAAAUGGAGGGCGCCACUGCCCUGGCGAGAAGUACCACGUGCGCGUUUGCAACCCUCAUCCCUGUGAGGAGACAUGCCCUCCCAUGAUGCACUGGGUGGGGUGUGCCAACGAGUGUCCCCGGCAUUGCUGGGACCUCCAGGAAGGCAUCGUGUGCCAGGAGAAAGAAGCCUGCGAGCCUGGAUGUCGCUGCCCUGAUGGUACGUUGGAGCAAGAUGGCACCUGCGUCCCCCUCACCCACUGCGAGUGCACCGAUGCCCAAGGACACAGUUGGGCACCAGGCAGCCAGUACGACGUUGGCUGCAAUAAUUGCACGUGUGCCCCUGGAGGGAGGAUUCUCUGCACCAACUACACCUGUCCUCCCACCGAGUGCAUCUGGAGUCUCUGGUCCAGUUGGUCCCAGUGUAGCGUCACCUGUGGGAAUGGCCUGCGCACCCGCUUCAGGACUCCUACCUCCGGUUCCUGGGCCCCCGACUGCCUGAUGGAGCAGGUGCAGACCCACCCCUGUGCCUUGGAUUCUUGCCCCCCUCUGUGCGUGCACGAGGGCCGGGAGACCAGCCUGGGCAGCACCUGGCUCCUCGGGGAGUGCCAGCAGUGCAUUUGUACCCCGGAAGGCAUUUAUUGCCUAGACAUUACCUGCAUAGAUUGUCCCUGGAGUCCCUGGACCCCCUGGACUCACUGCUCGUGCAGCUUCCUGGUGCAGCAGCGCUACCGGAACCAGCAAGGCUGGGAAACUGACCGGGAACCGUGCCUGGGACUGGAUGGGCAAUUCCGGAUGUGCAAUUAUUCCCAGUGUUCAGAGUCCAGCUGUGACCCCCCCUUUGAAUUCCGGGCGUGUGGCUCUCCCUGCGACAGCCACUGCUCCACCUUGAAGAGCCCUGAGUUGUGCAAGGACAUUCCACGCUGCUUACCUGGUUGUUACUGCCCGCAGGGCCUGUUGGAGCAGAGGGGUUCAUGUGUGCCCCCAGCGCAGUGCGCGUGUCUCCACCCCCACCAGGCAGGAGGGCCCGUGUUUAUGGCAGCCGGAGACUCCGUUCUGAUUGGCUGCAAGAAAUGCGUGUGCCAGGCAGGAGAACUCCAAUGCAGCAGCCAGGGUUGCCAAGGGCUGCUACCGUUGAGUGGCUGGUCACCAUGGACAGCCUGUUCUGACUGCUUGCUGCUGGUGGCCCUCGGGCCCCGGGUCUUCCCUGCUCUGUUGGCCCAGACCUCCUGGCCUUCCCUGCCAGCCCAGGUCUCCGUUCAGUACCGCUACCGGUUCUGCCUCGACCCGCAGACCGGCCAAAUUUGGAGGGGCCCAGGCGGCCUUUGCAUCGCGGAGCUGGAGGAGCAACAACUUUGCGUCGAUGAGACCAGUGCCUGCCAAGAUUUCUGCCAGUGGAGCGAGUGGGGGGUGUGGAGCCCCUGCCGGGCCCCCUGCAGCGGGGGGUUCCGUCUGCGCCAGCGGGUCGCCCUGAACUCUAAUGCGGAACAGGACUGCAAGGGACUGCGAUUCCAGUCGGAGACUUGCAACAUGGCCCCUUGUCCAGGAGAGACCUGUGAGGACCGGGGCAAGGUGUACGAUGCGAAUUGUGCCAACAACUGCCCACGCACCUGCCUGGAUUUCUGGGAGCAUGUCCAGUGUCUGCAGGGACAAUGCAGGGGAGGAUGCCGAUGUCCUGAGGGGCAGCUUUUGCAGGAUGGGUUCUGCGUGGCGAUCCCAGCUUGCCGCUGCGGGCUCCCCACGGCGAAUGGCACCAUGGAAGUUCUCCCUGGCCAGUCGGCAGGACUGGAUUGCCACAACUGCACCUGCCAGAACGGUUCCUUCUCCUGCCCGGAAGAGAACUGCCCGUUUUAUGGUGUGUGGUCGGCGUGGAGCCCUUGCUCGGCCACCUGUGGAGGGGGCACCACUCUGAGGCAUCGGUCCUGCCACGAGAACCUCCAGGGAGCAGCCUGCAAAGCUGAGGCCAUGGAAGUUUCCAUGCCCUGCAACUCCCAGCCCUGCCCAGCUGGCUGCAUGUUCAGUGACUGGACUGCCUGGAGCCCCUGCAGCGCCAGCUGUGGAGGAGGAGUCUCCGAGAGGCACCGCCAGCUGCUCCCCCCUCUGAGGGAGCCCUGCCUUUCCCCUCUCCUGCAGCGCCGCAUAUGCCACUUGCAGAAUUGCACACUGGAAUGCCCUGGGACUCAGGUCUACCGCAAUUGUGCCAACGCCUGUCCAUACACCUGCUCCGAUCUGCGGCCAGAAGCUCAGUGCAUGCAAGAGGACUGCCAACCUGGAUGCAUUUGCCCACCUGGCCAGGUGCUGCAAGGCAUGCUGUGUGUCCCCGUGGAAGAGUGCCGGUGCGUGAUCGGCCAGGUGCCUGCUGUGCCCUGGGCUGCCAACUUAUCUGAGGAAGAGCGCACCCGGGAGCAUGGGCCUGGCAGUACUUUCCAACAUGAAUGCAACACCUGUGUCUGCCAGAGGGGCGUCUUCAUCUGCACCCAGGAGAACUGUGAUGUGCCCUGUGUCUGGUCCGAGUGGUCUCCAUGGUCCCCCUGCCCCGUGACCUGCGGCUCCGGCAACCAGCUCUCCCGGCGCCACCCGAUCCAGCCGCGCAUGUUCAAUGGGGCCGAAUGCCAGGGGCCAUCGGUACGCUGGGCACCGUGCUCUCUCCCGGAUUGUGCCUGCCCAGAGGGGGAACACCGACAGCCCGCUGUUCCGUCGACUGCCUGUGAGCGCAGCUGCCGUCAGAUCUACGUGGAGCUUCCCCGAAAUUGCAGCUGGGGGCCGGUGCAGGGUGCCUGCAUGUGUCUGCCUGGGCACUACCGCAACAGCAGUGGACACUGCGUGGUGGCUGCCCUCUGCGAGUGUGAGGAGGGAGGCCAGGUGUACUUGGAUGAAGUCAAAGUGCGGGAGCUGGGCUCUUGCUGCCCCAUCUGCCGGAAGGACUCUGACGCCGAACGUCACCCCCACUGCCGACACUUCACUGAACGUCGCAACAUCACCAAGGGGCUCUGCUUCCUGGCCGGCGUGGAGGUGGGCUUUUGCAAGGGGCAGUGUGCUUCCCAUACCAACGUCAUCCCGGAGGAACCCUACCUGCAGACCGUCUGCGACUGUUGCAGUUACCGACUGGAUCCGGUCAGCCCGGUGCGCAUCCUGAACCUGCAGUGCCCACGCGGUGAGACAGAGCCCGUGGUGCUGCCAGUUAUCCGUGGGUGCGAAUGUAGCAGCUGCCAAGGCAUGGAUGGUGGAAAUGGUUCCAGAAGGAUGUACGGAUGUCGCUAUGACAUUGACAAUCGCUAUCAGAUUUCCGAAACCUGA